GGCAACGGAGAAGGUCUGGUGUCAGCUGGAUGAGCUGCUAAAGCUGACCAGGAUACGGCAAAGUGUCCACAAAUGUACUAUUUAAUAAACUCCAAAGUGCUUUUCUGUCAUGUUAUUCUCAAAAAAAUCGUGCUUGCAUCUCUUGCCGAAGCUUGAAAACCUUUAUGAGAAAGUGCCAGUUACCAAGUAUUUUAUUAUUUUGGUUGUUUUUUUCCCUUCUUUUACCCCUCUUUCUUUUCUCUGUUUCCUUUUCAUCUUGUCAAGGAAAAAAACAGGGAGGAGAAAAGUGCAUCCCUGGGUGCCCAGUGGCCACGGGCACGAUGCUGCUGCUGUCACAGAGCUUCAGUGGUUGCUGUGCAGUUGCCCAUGACCAGCUGGGACCGUUUGGAACUGGUGAGGGCACAGGCAUCUCCAUGGAAACCACGGGGGCAUUGUUACGACUGUUAUGUGGGGUAUUUAAGGCCCUGGAGCACCCUAGAGGUGGCAUUAGCCCUGUGAAUCCACGGCAAGUCUGCAUCCAAGGACACAGAAGAUGCCAGUGGACAAGGGAUCAAACGCCAGCUCCCAGCCCGCCAAGGGCAGGCGUGGAGUGGAAAGGAGAUGCCAGGUGGGCCACAGGCAGCCUGACGAAGGGCUGCACGGGAUCACGCUGCCACAGAGUCCCUGCCAAAGAAGGUUUCGGCCCAUCGUGACCCAGGAGGCACAGGAGGGCUGCCUGAGGCGCAGAGUGGUGCUGCCCCGCAGCAUGAGGACCGAGGAGCAGACACUUCGUCUGCCACUGCUGGUGGAAAGGGCACCUCAGCCGCCACCUCGGCCAGAGAGAGCAGCCAGCAGCUGCUGCGUGCUGCCUCCCCUGACACCGACACCCUCUGCCCCUACAUCCACCUUCAGUGACGUGGCCAUCGGCAGCACAAGGAACAGCCAAAAGCAGCUUUGCCCAGCUGUUGCCGAGCUGCGCCGCAUCUACGCACAUGGCAUCACUGUUGCGUCGCCAAGGAGCUGUCAGCCUGCCCCACGCAGGCCCACAGCCUCCGCCACAGCGAAGGGCACAGGAAAUGUGAGCACGGUCCUGCGCAACAACAGCACUGAGAGCCGGGGGCCCUGCCAGCAGGCAGUGGCAUGCCAGGGCCCAGCAUACGGCAGGGCUGCAAUGACAAGAAGAUACGCUAGCAGGAAGACGGGGCGAGAGGCAGAGCGCCAGCGAGCAAUGCUGGCAGCAGACAUCGAGGGCUGCCUCAAUGGCAAGUUGCUGGGGCUGCACAAGAAGGAAACCAGCCAGCAGCUGGUGGAACCUCAGGACAUGAGCCAAAUCCGGGAUGUGGCAGUGGCCAAAGAGGAGAAAGAGAGGGAAGAGGGCACUGAAAAAGUGCUGUCCCAAGUGGAAGAGGUCACCGUACGCAACCUCUGGGUCAACCCUUCAGUCCCGGAGCUCUUCCAGGACCCCCGGGCAGAUACCCAGGAGGGGUCUGAGUUCCCCAGCAGCAAGGGCAAGGAUGCGACAGGAGAGGCAGCUGGGGACUUGCAGAGAGCGUCUCCUGUGCCAGCCGUUCCCAGGGACACCAACCUGGCAGCUUCUACACUGGGUGAAGCUGCAGAGGAAGAGGAGCACUGCCCACCUCUCACUCCUGUGUCACAAGAGGAGGAGGCAGCACCGGCACCAGCGUCUCCUGUCUGUGGCGAGGAGGAGGCAGCACCACAGGAAGCCAGCCAGCAGCUGGUGGAACCCUGGGACAUGACCCAAAUCCUGGAUGUGGCAGUGGCCAAAGAGGAGAAAGAGAGGGAAGAGGGCACUGAAAAAGUGCUGUCCCAAGUGGAAGAGGUCACCGUACGCCACCUGUGGGUCAACCCCUCUCUCCCGGAGCUGUUCCAGGCCCCCCAGGUCGAUAUCGAGGAGGGGUCUGAGUUCCCAAGCCGCAUGGGCAUGGAUGCAACAGGGGAGGCGGGCGGAGACCCGCAAAGCGUGUCUCCUAUCACAGCCAGUCUCUUGGAGCAGGAGGAAGCACCACAGGCACAGAGCCACGCACCUGCCUUGCUCAGCCCUGAUGCCUGUGAGAUAGUUCUAGAGGAAACAGCCAAGCUUAUCACAAGGGAGGUCCUGCUGAAGGCUGUUUCUGAGGUCCACGGAGCCGAGCAGCAGCCUUUGGAACAGCAGGACAUGUCCCACAUCUUGGAUGUGACAGUGGAAUCAUUGACACCUGCAGCAGCUGGGGACGCUCAGUCUCCUGUGGCUGCAGAGUCUCAUAUGGAGACCGGCACAGCCUCUCCCAUCCCAACAGCAGAUGAGGCUGAAGAAGACAGGGCAUCUUCCACAUCUGGAGAACAUCAGGGAGAGGCCAGCACAGCCCUUGUUUCCCCCAAAGCACAUGAGGGUGAAAUGACAGCUUCGUUGCCUCAGAAGGCUGCAGCAGUGGUUCGAGCACCCUACUUUGCACCAGGAGCAGGCGAUGAAGGAGAGGCAGUGUCGACUCCCUUGGCUUGGGACUCUCGUUACCUGGUAAGUGAGGUGCCUGCGGCCAGUACUGGGGAUCCUGAGGUGCUGGAGGCGAGCGCAGCUCCCGGGGUGUGUGUGGCAGGGAGAUUCCCGCUGCUCCCUGUGCCAGAGCUUCUGGAGGAGCUGGAGGGGAGCAGUAUGGCCCACAACAGGCCCGGGCUCGACAUGCAAAGGAGAGCCAGCCAAGCGGGCUGCCUGCUGGGUAGCUCUGUGAAGAGAGAGAUCCAGCAUGAGGAGAGCAAGGGGCAUCAUUUGCCACCCAGGCAGAGAUGGAUGCCCAGUCACAGGCAGGUGAUUGCCAAGGACAGGGAGGUGCCAGGGACCUGGGAUGAGGAAGCUGAUGAUGAAGAGUUUGAGAGAAAGGAAGAGGAGGAGUGGGAAGAGGCCAUAGACAAAGAGCCGUCCGAAGUGGAAGAGAUCACCAUACACAGCCUCUGGGUCAACCCUUAUGUCCCAGAGCUCUUCCAGGAGCCUCAGGCAGAUAUCCAGGAGGGGUCUGGCUUCCCCAGCAGCAUGGGGAAAGAUGUGACAGGAGAGGCAGCUGGGGACUUGCAGAGAGCGUCUCCUGUGCCAGCCGUUCCCACGGACACCAAACUGGCAGCUUCUACACUGGCUGUAGCUGCAGAGGAAGAGGAGCACCAUGCACUUCUCACUCCAGUGGCACAGGAGGAGGUGGCACCGGCACCAGUGUCUCCUGCCUGUGGUGAGCAGGAGGCAGCACCCCAGGCACAGAGCCAGGCACUUGCUCUGCUCAGCCCACACGCCUCUGAGAUGAUUCUAGAAGAAAUGGCCAGGAGCAUCACCAAACAGGUCCUGAUCAUGAAUCUGGCUGUGGUCCAGGGAACCAGCCAGCAGCUGGCAGAACAUCAGGACAUGACCCAAAACUUAGAUGAAGCAACAGCAGUAAUGGAAUCUGCGGGGACUGGGGGCACUGAGUCUCCUGUGUGUGGAGACCAUCAAGGAGAGGCUGAAACAGGCAUUAUCUUACCAGAAACACAGCAAGAGGAAGUGGCAGCUUCAUGGACUGAGAUGCCUGUGGCAGAGGCUGGAGCAUGCCACUGUGCCCCUGAAGUAGCCAACGAAGGAAAUGCAGGAGCUACUGCCUCUGCUCGUGAAUCUGAGCACCUGGUGAGCGAGGAACCUAUGGCUGGCACCGGAGAUACUGACGAGAUUCAAGCAGGAGUCUUGCAUGAGCUAUCUGUGGCAGGGAGGUUCCCGCUGCUCCCUCUGCCAGAGCCUCUGGAGGAGCCGCAGAGGAGCAGCAUGGCCCACACCAGGCACAGGCUCCACAUGCAAAGGACAGCCAGCCUGCCUUGGCUGCUGGGCAGCUCUGUGGAAAGGCAGCUCCAGCAGCAGGAGGGCCGGAGGCCUCGUGCGGCCUUGCGGUGCAGACGGAUGCCCAGUCGCAGGCAGCAGGUGCCAGGGACCUCGGAUGAGGAAGCUGAUGAUGAGGAGUGUGACAGGAAGGAAGAGGACACAGACGAAGGGCUGUGCGAAGGGGAAGAGAUCACCUCCUCCAGGUUCUGGGUCGACCCUUUGGUCGCAGAGCCCUUCCAGGACCUCCAGGAGGAUAUCGAGGAGGGGCCUGGCUGCUCCAGCAGCGUGGGCAUGGAUGUGGCAGAAGAGGCUACUGCAGGCCUGCAGACCAUGUCUCCUACUCCAGCCGGACCCACAGACACUGAGUCGACAGCUUCUACAUUAGCUGUAGCUGCAGAGGAAGAGGAGCACCAUGCACUUCUCACUCCAGUGGCACAGGAGGAGGUGGCACCGGCACCAGUGUCUCCUGCCUGUGGUGAGCAGGAGGCAGCACCCCAGGCACAGAGCCAGGCACUUGCUCUGCUCAGCCCACACGCCUCUGAGAUGAUUCUAGAAGAAAUGGCCAGGAGCAUCACCAAACAGGUCCUGAUCAUGAAUCUGGCUGUGGUCCAGGGAACCAGCCAGCAGCUGGCAGAACAUCAGGACAUGACCCAAAACUUAGAUGAAGCAACAGCAGUAAUGGAAUCUGCGGGGACUGGGGGCACUGAGUCUCCUGUGUGUGGAGACCAUCAAGGAGAGGCUGAAACAGGCAUUAUCUUACCAGAAACACAGCAAGAGGAAGUGGCAGCUUCAUGGACUGAGAUGCCUGUGGCAGAGGCUGGAGCAUGCCACUGUGCCCCUGAAGUAGCCAACGAAGGAAAUGCAGGAGCUACUGCCUCUGCUCGUGAAUCUGAGCACCUGGUGAGCGAGGAACCUAUGGCUGGCACCGGAGAUACUGACGAGAUUCAAGCAGGAGUCUUGCAUGAGCUAUCUGUGGCAGGGAGGUUCCCGCUGCUCCCUCUGCCAGAGCCUCUGGAGGAGCCGCAGAGGAGCAGCAUGGCCCACACCAGGCACAGGCUCCACAUGCAAAGGACAGCCAGCCUGCCUUGGCUGCUGGGCAGCUCUGUGGAAAGGCAGCUCCAGCAGCAGGAGGGCCGGAGGCCUCGUGCGGCCUUGCGGUGCAGACGGAUGCCCAGUCGCAGGCAGGUGGCGCCAGGGACCUUGGAUGUGGAAGCUGAUGAUGAGGAGUUGGAGAGAAAGGAAGAGGAGUGGGAAGAGGCCAUAGACAAAGAGCUGUCCGAAGUGGAAGAGCUCACCGUACACAACCUCUGGGUCAACCCUUAUGUCCCAGAGCUCUUCCAGGACCCCCAGGCAGAUAUCCAGGAGUGGUCUGGCUUCCCCAGCAGCAUGGGCAUGGAUGUGACAGGAGAGGCAGCUGGGGGCUUGCAGAGAACGUCUCCUGUGCCAGCCGUUCCCAUGGACACCAAACUGGCAGCUUCUACACUGGGUGUAGCUGCAGAGGAAGAGGAGCACUGCCCACCUCUCACUCCUGUGUCACAAGAGGAGGAGGCAGCACCGGCACCAGCGUCUCCUGUCUGUGGCGAGGAGGAGGCAGCACCACAGGACCCCCAGGCCGAUACCCAGGAGGGGACUGGCUUCCCCAGCAGCAAGGGCAAGGAUGUGACAGGAGAGGCAGCUGGGGACUUGCAGCGAGCGUCACCUGUCCCAGCCGUUCCCACGGACACCAAACUGGCAGCUUCUACACUGGGUGAAGCUGCAGAGGAAGAGGAGCACUGCCCACCUCUCACUCCUGUGUCACAAGAGGAGGAGGCGGCACUGACACCAGCUUCCCUUGGUGCUGAUGAGCAGGAGGCAGCACCACAGGCACAGAGCCAGGCACUUGGCCUGCUCAGUCCAAAUGCACAGGAGGGGGUUCCACAGGAAGCAGCCGUGCUCAUCACAAGGGAGCCUCCGGUCCAGGGUGUGGAUCAGGAAACCAGCCAACAGCUGGUGGAAUAUCAGGACAUGACCCAAAUCCUCAGUGUAGCCUCAGGGAGAAGCCAGCGCAGCCGUUGCCUCCCCAACAGCGCCUGA